UCUCAAGUUCCUUUUCAAUAAUCUCAAAGAUUUUUCACCAUCAUGUCUUCAACAACGCUCUUAACCCUAAAAACUAGCGAUGGUGAGGAAUUCGAACUCGAUGAGGCCAUAGCCGUGAAGUCACAAGCCAUCAAGAACAUGGUUGAAGACGAUUGCGUUUCAAAUGCCAUCCCCCUGCCUAAUGUUGAUAGCAAAACAAUGACUAAAGUGAUCGAAUACUGGAAGAAACACUCGGAGGAGGAAGGCGUCUCGAAAGACCAGUUGAAUCAUUUUGAUAAGAAUUUCUUGAAUGUGCACCACUCGGUGUUGUAUGAUAUAUUAUUAGCAGCUAAUUAUCUUAAUGAUAAGGAGCUGAUGGAUGUAGUAUGCCAAGAAGUUGCUGAUAGGAUUAAAGGUAAAACACCAGAGGAAAUACGUAAAGAAUUUGAUAUCAAGAACGAUUUUACUCCAGAGGAAGAGGAGCAAAUCCUUCAAGAGAAUGCUUGGGCCUUUAACUGAUUUUAUAACGCUGUU